CCCCAGUCCCCACCCCAUUGGCUUUGCUAGGGUGGCUAGCUUUGCCUGUCACAAGACGAUAGCAUUCAAAGCGCAUUGGUGUUGGUGUUUUGUGGGCCUUUGCUGGUGAUCUCGUGGCAAUCUGAGCGUCGCAUGACGGCGUGCCGUCGAUGAUACAGCGCAUUGCUCUGCCGACUGCUUUGCGGGCACCGUCAUACCUUCUCUGUGAUGUUGAUCCGCUGACCCCUCGAACCUUUCCUGUGUGCUGCACCAUGAGCUACCAAUUUUCUGGCGACAUCAUUAACCUGAACGUCGGGGGAACCAGGUUUGCCACCUCCAGGCAGACGCUGACAUGGGUGCCCGACUCCUUCUUUACGAGCAUGCUAAGUGGACGGAUAUCAAGCCACCGUGAUGAGACAGGAGCUAUCUUCAUCGAUCGGGACCCCAAGCUGUUCUCGGUCAUCCUGAACUUCAUGCGAACUAAAGACAUUGAUUUGAGGGACCUGGACAUGAGUGUGUUGAGACAUGAGGCCGAGUUCUAUGGCAUCACUCCUCUUGUGAAGCGGUUGAUCCUGUGCGAAGACCUGCACCAGUCGUCCUGUGGUGAUGUCCUCUUCCAUGGCUACUUGCCCAUGGCUGCAGUACCACUGCACGAGGUUGCCAGUGGUGGCCGCAGCGUGGCACCCUCCGCACUCCUGCCAAUGCCUGCCAGUGGACCCGACCGGCGUCCUGACCAUGGGGCUCCACGGCCUCCUUUUGUUGUUGAUCCGUGCUGUCUGGCUGCACUGCCCGGCAUGGUUGAUGCGCGGCCAGGCUCAGUUUUUCGCGUGAUGCCCGAGGUGGGUGGCUCCCGGCCACCCCCAGCCUCCUCGUCUGGCCACUCACGCAACCCUUCGCUGGAUGCCCGGCAGGCAUUGUCGUCCAUGGUGCCUCCACCACAGCUCUCACGCAGCUCGUCUGACCUGCGCACAGGCGGUGUCAGGGGCCACUCUCGUGCUUCCUCGCUUGACCUCAGGCACUCACGCAACUCUUCAGCUGAUUUCAGCCGCCGCGUCCGCGACGACAGUGGCUGGGCCAGCGCGGCACUGCCCCAAGGUGUUUCGGUAUGGCCUGACAAUCUCCGGGUGUGCAUGGUCAAGGGUCAUCAAAACUGGAUUGCUGUAGCCUACGCCCACUUCGUCAGCUGCUACAGGCUGAAAGACUCAACUGGUUGGCAGCUGGCAUUCACUAGUCCCUACCUGGAGCCUGUGAUUGAACGCAUUGCACUCAAUGCCAAAGUGGUGACGACAGCUUCAGCGCAGGCACCCGAGAGUGGGGCCAAGAUGCUGGCUGUUGCAUACGGGUCCCAAGUGCGACUAUGGAGCAUCGCUCAGGAAGGCAACGGGCGUGCUGAGAUUGGUGUGUUCCACCUGAGUGUUCCUGUGGACAGCCUGUUCUUCAUUGGGAGCCAGCUAGUUGCUUUGAGUCACCUGGGCAAAGUGGGUGUUUGGCACGCCAUGACUCAACACUGGCAGAUCCAGGACGUGGUGCCAAUCACAAGCUUUGACACAACAGGCUCAUGCAUCUUGCUUCUGGGCUGCAGCAAUGGCUCUAUCUACUAUAUUGACAUGCAGAAGUUUCCUUUGCGCAUGAAGGACAAUGACCUGCUGGUGACUGAGCUCUACCGGGACCCAUCAGCUGACCCGAUUACGGCUAUCAGUGUCUACCUCACCCCAAAGACAAGUCUGUGUGGCAACUGGAUCGAGAUAGCAUAUGGCACAAGUGCUGGUGCAGUGCGGGUGAUUGUGCAGCACCCAGAGACAGUAGGCCAUGGUCCGCAGCUUUUCCAAACAUUCACUGUCCACCGCAGCCCCGUCACCCGAGUUGUCCUCUCCGAGAAGUACCUCAUCUCUGUGUGCAGCGAGUACAGCCAUGUGCGUACAUGGAGUGUGACCCGCUUCCGAGGCAUGAUCUCCACACAGCCAGGGUCAACACCUUUGGCCUCCUUUAAGGUCGUUUCCCUGGAAGACCUUGAACCCUCAGCCAGCUACCCAGCUGGAAAUGACUGUGGGCCAUAUGGAGAGCAAGAUGAUGAACAGGUCUUCAUCCAGAAGGUGGUUCCCGAAACCGACCAGCUGUACGUACGCUUCGCUUCCUCAGGGAAAAGGAUCUGCGUGAUCAAGUCGGUAGAUGGAACGACUGUGACAUCCUUCUGCGUGCACGAGUGUGAGGGCUCCAACCGAAUGGGAUCCCGUCCACGGCGCUACAUUUUCACUGGCCACAGCAGUGGUGCCAUACAGAUGUGGGACCUGACUACAGCACUGGACUUGACAUCCAAAGGGGAGCCAGCUUUUGUGCGUGAUGGAGGCCCCAGCCACCGGGAAAUAUUGCGUCUCCUGGAACAGUGUGACUUGACCAACUCGCGCUGCUCAACACCUUGCAUCAGUCCAUCACCUUCAAUUCUCGGUGGUGCCGCUACUCUGGCACGCCUGCGGGCGGCCAAUCUUGUGCUGCUUGGACAGCAACAAGCACAGCAGCAUGCCCACGAAGAAUCGUCAUCUUCAGGAGUGCCCGAAGAUCGUCGGGUGACGCGGUGCUGACAGUGAAUGCCAGCAGCUGUCACACUGGUCGCUAUUUUGAAUGAACCAGCCGGCGUGUGGUGUGUACACAAAGCCCACCACUCUUGAUGUAUGUAUCCAGCUCACGGUUUAUGUUGACGAAAUGCCUUGACAGCUGGUGUUGUUACUCAGAACUUUUCGAGGAUUGCUUCUUAAUGGUGGAAGCAGCCUUUGAUGCGCGAUUAUCACUUUCAUUCCGCAUGCGAUUUACCACAGAUGUGUUACACUGGCAUCUUGGGAACUUUCCAUAUAUGCAGUGUGGUGUGCGAAAUACCACUUCCCGAUAGAUACUGCACAUGUGGCCUUACCCAUCGUGAUUAGCUGUGGAUACCUGAUCUGGUGGCAUUGCUGCGUGCAAGUAGCAGUGUAGCGUUGCCAUGUCGUCGCAACUGUCUUCCAUUGCCCCUUCUAUAUUGCUGACAAUUUCUGUCCAUAUUUUCCCGCCCCUUGAGUAUCACUUAUGGACAUGCUGUGGUCUGGCCGUCGAAGGCUUCCUAGAAUUGCAGUACCCUAUAAUUUCUGUGAAGCAACAUUGCUUGCAUUAAUGCUUUCUUGUUAGCUGUAGUUGCUGCACACAGUUUUUGUCUGAUGGGUAGUAUUAAGGAAUUACGGUCGAUUGCCAACAUUAGGACGCAUAGCAGGCACACAAUACUCUGCCUGAAUAAUGUUACAAUGCUAACUGUCACGGGUUACUGCUACAAACCGUCUCCACGAUUUUCGCCGCUUCUUAGCAGUCACUUCUGCAGAAGAUUGCUAGCCGAUUUGUCCUUGUGUUGGUGCACACAACAGAGAUAAGCAAACGUGUGGUGGUUAGUGUCUGCGUUCUCAUUGUGUGUUCUUUUUUCCCUGUAAAAGGACACCUGUGGGCGUUGCUUAGGUAAUCGUUCAUAUGCACUGGUGUUUGGUUGUUGACGUAACUUGUGCAAUCGUGUUCGUCACUGUCACAGAAGCUGUACUGAUGCAGUGCCUUUGGCUUGAGAAAUUUGAAUAGUUUGUUCCUUCCCUUUUCACUCGGCUGCAGGCACGCUCAAAAGCUCUGUCUGAUGUGAAUUUUUUCUGUGUAAAGAACUGUUGCAAGUUUUAUCUAUAUAAUGCUUCUUGUAUGGACACUUGCUUCCAGAAUAACUCAGUUUUUCCAGCCUUGCUGUUUACAUGUGUUAUUUACUUGACAGGUUUCAGUGUAGUAGUGACGGAAAUUCUGAUUUCACUAUAUGCCUACCUUACAUGUAAGAAAGUAUGUUGUGCUAGUGGAGCGGUGUUGCCGAGAACUCUUGGAAUAUAUUUCUUUUGUAUGCUCCUCUUGUUUUUUGUGUAGUCAAUUACAUGUGCAUGAAAGAGUCAACCUCCACUUUAGUAGAAGUGGCCCUAAUGCUACCAGCGCAGUUAUCCGGUCACCUUACACGGCAGGAAAUGCCGCUUCUUAGCAGUCUUCUAAGCACUUCUAAGCUAAUCAUUUGAGCCUUAGUCAUGUUAUUGUGCAAUAAUGUGUGGUAUUUGCAGUACUACAACUGAUGUGGCCAAAAAGGCAUGAGUGGUGUGAAAACGGUUGACAUCCUUACCGACGUUUGUUUAUUUGGAGCAGUGCCUUUGAUGUAGCAGCUGUGAGAAAUGAUAAUUCAUUGGAUAAAUUUUUGGUCAGAAUUUUGUAUUCAUUAAUGUAUAUCUGCAGUAGCAUAUGCAAUUUGGCUGAUGUAAUUUCUUAUGAAGUGAACUGUUAUAAGAAUCGUGGUUUGUCAUACUUCUUGAAAAUGCUCGAAUUUUAUUACAGUGUAUAAAAAAUCAAACACACCAGACGUUUUUUUAGAAAACCUGCGCACACGCUUAGUGCAGUACACAAGUCACGUCAAUCCGGUUCUAACAUGAGCGUCAUGUUAGUUGGCAGUGUUUCACUUCUCUCCUGCCAUGCCUUUUUACUUGUAGACGGAUUAAAAGGAAUGUCGGUUUGUGUCGACAAUUUUUUUUUUCACUUCAGUUAUCCUGUUCGUGUUUAACCUAGCGAUUGGUAAAUAUCCUUGACCAUAUCUUUUAAGGCAGCCACGAGCCAUGUCUGUCAAGCCUGUCAUGCGAGACACUGAUUACAUCCCUUUCAAGAAUACUGUGUGCCAAUGAACAUGUUAAUCAACGUGUACUCGUUAUUUUUUCUUUCUGCUAAGAGUAGUGCCUUAGUUUGCGCAGUACUAAGUUUAACUUAUUUUGAUUAUAAACACAUUAUCGUUUGCCAGUAUUUUUGCUUGGAGUUGGGCAGUGAAUAUUUCAUUAAGAAAUGUUGGAAAAGUAAGAUACGUUAUGAUGAAUUCAAAAUAAACAUGUUACUGGUUUGUCCAGUAACUUGCCGGAGUCCAUAUAGAGCAAU